GCCUGAGGAGUGAUGUGUCCAGAGCUCCAGAGAAGGCUUGGAAAGUAGUUAAGGUAUAUGCCCGUAUGUCAGAAGUCUUAGGAAUAACAGAUGACAACCAUGUUCUAGAAACAUUCAUGACAAAAAUUGUUACAAACCUGAAAUAUUGGGGAAGAUGUGAGCCUGUAAUUUCGAGGACUCUUCAGUUCCUAAAUGACCUCUCUGUUGGCUAUAUCCUUUUAAAAAAACUUGUGAAGAUAGAUGCCGUGAAAUUCAUGCUAAAAAAUCACACGAGUGAACACUUCCCCUUCCUGGGCAUCAGUGACAGUCACAGUCUCGGGGACUUCAGGUGCCGAACGACCUUCUACACAGCCCUCACUCGCCUUCUAAUGGUAGAUCUAGGCGAAGAUGAGGACGAAUUUGAGAAUUUCAUGCUGCCUCUUACAGUCUCUUUUGAAACAGUAUUACAAAUAUUCAACAACAACUUUAAACAAGAAGAUGUGAAGCGUAUGUUGAUCGGGCUGGCAAGAGAUCUUCGAGGGAUUGCCUUUGCACUGAACACAAAGACCAGCUACACCAUGCUGUUUGACUGGAUGUACCCAACAUACCUUCCCAUCCUUCAGAGGGCUAUUGAGCAGUGGUACGGAGAGCCAGCCUGCACCACUCCCAUCCUAAAACUGAUGGCAGAACUGAUGCAAAACAGAUCCCAGCGUUUGAAUUUUGAUGUAUCAUCUCCUAAUGGAAUUCUUCUUUUCAGAGAAGCUAGUAAAAUGAUUUGCACUUAUGGUAACCAGAUCCUGUCCCUUGGGAGCCUCUCAAAAGAUCAGAUUUAUCCAAUGAAACUCAAGGGCAUCUCCAUCUGCUAUUCAGCUCUCAAAUCUGCCUUGUGUGGAAAUUAUGUCAGCUUUGGCGUCUUCAAGUUGUAUGGGGACAACCAUUUUGACAAUGUACUCCAGGCCUUUGUCAAAAUGCUGCUGUCGGUGUCCCACAGUGACUUGCUGCAAUAUCGGAAACUGAGCCAGUCUUAUUAUCCACUCCUGGAAUGUCUCACCCAGGACCACAUGAGCUUCAUCACCAACUUAGAGCCUCCUGUCCUCCUGUAUGUUCUCACAUCUAUCUCAGAGGGACUCACAACUCUUGAUACAGUUGUCUCCUCCAGCUGCUGUACCAGUUUGGACUGCGUUGUCACCUACCUCUUUAAGCACAUAGCAAAGGAGGGCAAGAAGCCACUUCGAUGCAGAGAGACCACCCAGGCUGGCCAGAGACUAUUGCAUUUUAUGCAGCAGAACCCAGAUGUCCUGCAGCAGAUGAUGUCUGUCCUCAUGAACACCAUCGUCUUUGAAGACUGUCGGAACCAGUGGUCAGUAUCCAGGCCUCUCCUGGGGCUGAUCCUGCUCCAUGAGAAGCAUUUCAGUGAGCUGCGCGCGGGUCUGAUAAGCAGCCAGCCUCUCCCCAAGCAGGAGGUCCUCGCCCAGUGCUUCAGGAACCUGAUGGAGGGGGUGGAGCAGAGCCUGUCCGUCAAGAACAGAGACAGGUUCACCCAGAACCUGUCCGUGUUCAGAAGAGACGUGGCCGAGGCCCUGCGCAGCGAUGGCAGCGCCGAGUCGUGCAGUCUGGACAUGAUGAGCUGA